AUGAAAACCGUUGCCGAGGUUUUGAAGCCGUGUUCUGCUUCGUUCACCCCGGCACUUCUUCCCGCAGGAGCUGAUUGCUGGUCACACCCUAGCCUCCCGGGAUCUACCCUCUCCGUGUGUCCGCUCGCCUGCGACAUCGACGCGAGCAAAGUGGAUCCGUCCAAAGCAAUUCUCGCCAGCCGUCGUGCGGUGCCUGGCAGACAGGUUGCGAAACCCGGAUUUCGGUGA